GGUCGGUUGUUACCACCCUGGGCGCAAAGGCCCCCCUUUCCCUUUCAGCACAGAUGUCAGUUUGUACUGGGGCAGAGCUGUUGUCUGGAGAGUUUGCUGGCAUCUUCCAAAGAGGUGUAGGAAACGCGGAAUUUACAACUUUCUCAGACAAAUAGAUUCUCACCUUCCAGCCUGCCACCCCAAAGCCAAGCCACCCAGUAAGACCACUUCCAACAGCCUCAGCAGCAUUCCGAUCCUCCUUGAGAGCAAAUGAUAUUCACAUCAGGUCAUCAUGUAUACAAUUCAGGACUUACCUUCAGAAUGAUGAAAGCACAGAGAGGAUAACAGAUCCUGCAGCACAACUGGAGGUACUGAAUUUUUCAUAAGUAAUUUGGAAGCUAAAUCAAUCACAAAAAUGAAAUGUGCAAAGCAUCCAUCAACCAUUAGUAUGAAAUUGACAAGUGUUCCAGAAUUACCUUAUAAGAAAGGCUUACUGAAUUCAUCACCUAAGCCAAAAGAAAAACAUAAUGCCAAGUCAAAGUAUGGUAAAAAUGAAUCAAUGGUCCUGAGGUCGCCACCCACAGGAGAGUCAAUUGUACGCUUUGCCUUGCCAAUACCAUUGAGUAAAACGAAGGACAAAAUAUCAGCUGAUGAAAUGGUCAGGAGGAUUACCACAAAUCUGAAGAUGGUUGUUUCUAACUUGGAAGACACCUAUGGAGCUUGCUAUGAUAAUGGAGAAAAAGCAGCAGAAAAAAGUGAAGCAGAAGGCUUGUCUAUUGGUGAUGAUGUGAGUUCGUUCUUGUUGUGCUGUUCACAAUUUACAUCUCAGCUGGAAGAAGCAGUUAAGGAAGAAUGUGGCGCUUUGGAGUCUCUUUACAAGUGGUUUCAGCAACAAGUCAACCAAAUGGAGGAGAUUAGCAAGGACCAAAGUAAUUUAGAAGAACUUCAAUCAGAUGGUAAAACGGCCAGUUUGAACAUUGUACAAAUUGCAAAACUGGCACGUAAAUUCGAAGAUUUUAAAAGUCGCCUAAAAACGCGCAAGGAGGUCAUGCAGACUAAAAAUGAGGAUAAAGAGAUAAUGGCAGAAACAUUGAAACAUUAUGGACUUAUGGAAAAGCAGAUUGAAGAGUUCAUAACAUCCCAUUCAGCUUUAGAAUCUCAAACUGAAACUGAAAGUCAGUCAGGAACUCCUUCAGUGACUACUCGGAUGGCCAGGAUGAUAAAAAUAUUUGAAAAUCAGUCAACUAUGUUAGAGAAAGCUUUAAAUGAUCAGCAAACAAUUGAGUCUAAAUAUAAACAGUUGGAAACUGAUUUUCAAAUGUUAAUAAUGGAGAAAACCCUGCUGGAAGCAGAAAUACGAAGGCUGAGAGAAAUAGAGAGAGUAAAGUCUGCAGCCAAAGAAGAGCAAACCAAGAAAUCUGGAAAAUCAGAAAAGAAAAAAUUUAAAGAGAAGGAAAAGAAUCUAUCUCCAAAUAGAGAAUUUAAAUCAAUUGAAGAACUGCUUCAAAUCCAAAAAGAAGCAGAACUCCUGAAAACAGAGAAGAAAACCCUUCAAGGACAACUGAAAUGGGCUUUAGAGGAAGCUGAAAGAAAUAAGACUCAACUCGAAUUUGUCCUACAUCAAAAGAUGGAGAUGUUUAAAGAAGAGAGUAAAACAAAAGUGGGCCAGAGUCAGAAUAAAUCAAAGGUUAAGAUUGAAGAUUCAAAGGAUUCCUUACCAAAGAAGAGUGACACACAGUUGGGUGGACAAAGGAAGGAUCAGAUCUCAUCUGAUCAAAGUAAAAGGUCAGUUGGUGAAAGACCGAAGAAGAAACAACUCGCUGAUAUAGAUCCUUCAGCUGUAGAGGAUUUCCCACCAGAGACCUUUAAGUCAUUUACAGUAAUGCCUUUAAUAGAGGAGCACCGAGAAUCAAUCUCGUCCCAGCCGAAAGAAGAAAUGGCUAAAGCAUCAGAACAAUCAGAAGCAGAAGACAUUGAAGGUCCUUUGGAGAUACCAAGUGAAAGUUCAAAUGAAGAUGAUGAUUUGCUGCCAGAAGAUGAAUCGCCUAUGAUGGAGCAAGUCACAGACGUAGGAAGAUACAAAUCAAUUUAUAUCUCUGCAGAACCAAUUGAUACCAUGAGUUUAAUUUCAAGAACACAAUCUGAAAUGGAGACUCUUGAGGCCAUCAAUUAUGAUAAUGUGCUUAAUGAAGGAGAAGAGCAAGAUAAAAAAAUUGGCAAAGACUCAGACACAGGAAGAAAAUCAAAGAGAAAAAGAAGUUCUAAGAUUAGGAAACUGUCUACUCAUGAGGAGGAAUCAGAUAUAGUGCACUAUGAAGAAGCAACAAAAGCCAAAGUUCCAUCAAAGAAGCGAGCCUCUGAUCCAUAUGGUGAUGAAGCAUAUGAGAGUCGAGGCUCAGUUUCAAAAGCACAAACAUAUACAAAGAAACAAGGAACUCACCAAAGAGGAAGAGGCAGUGCCUCUGACGCAUAUGGUGAUGAAGCAUAUGAGAGUCGAGGCUCAAUUUCAAAAGCACAAACAUAUACAAGGAAACAAGGAACUCACCAAAGAGGAAGAGGCAGUGUUCAAGAGGAGGAAUCAGAUACAGUGCACUAUGAAGAAGUAACAAGAGCCAAAGUUCCAUCAAAAAAGCAAGCCUCUGAUCCAUAUGGUGAUGAAGCAUAUGAGAGUCAAGGCUCAGUUUCAAAAGCACACACACAUACAAAGAAACAAGGAACUCACCAAAGAGGAAGAGGCAGUGUUCAUGAGGAGGAAUCAGAUACAAUGAACUAUGAAGUACCAAGAAAAUCUAAAAUUUCUUCUAGAAGAAAAGGAUUUGCUCUUCCUAUUACACAUCAGGUUGAAAUGCACAGUUCUGAGAGUCAAGGAUCAAUCUCAAAAUCAAACACAGAAACAAAGAAACAAGGAACUCACAAAAGAGGAAGAGACAGUGAUGCUGAUGGAGCACGUACACCUGUGAGUCAAGGGUCAGACUCAAAAGCAGACACAGAAAGAAAGAAACACAGAUCUAAAGAAGAAAGCACCAUCAGUAAGGACAGUAUUCCAGUUUUAGAUGAAGUGCAAGACAAAACCUUUGAACAUCAAGAGUCAGGAUUAAGAUUAGAAGUUCAGGCAAAGAAACUAACGUUCAGCUCUCAAAAUAUUCACAAUGAAGAAUCAGCUACAGAUAUUAAAGUGGAGUAUCAAAAUGUACCAUCAAGCUCCCAAGUCCAGUUAAAGAAGCAAAAGCCUUUGGGAGGAGAAAUAUUUACUACUCAUUUUGUAGUACCAGCGGAAAGUCAUGCACAAUUAUAUCAAACGCAUACACCAGAAACACAGAUAGAAAGAGGAACAACUUCUGGCACUGCAAGACUCACUACAAUUCCUGUAGAACACCCUAAAAAGGAAGCAUCACCGGACAAUCUAUUUCCUGAGAAGAAACUUUAUAUAACUAGAGCCCCGACUCAGACCAAGAAACAGUACCCUCCUUGGGACGCUAAGGCAGAGAGUCAGAACAUCGAGCUAAGGUCUGAUGAAAAUUAUAUGUCAGUAGACCCAACAUCAAAAGAUCAUCCUCAAUUUAAGAAACUGAAAACUACCCACAUAGAAAACACUGCUCAGAAAAAAACAGUCAAAGAAGUUCAGGGGAUAUCAGAACCUCAGACAAAACUGAACCCAACGAUGAGUGGCAUCAUAUUACACUUGGACAUGGACAGAGUGGUUGAGACUGACCUAGAAAACUUGGAAGAGACCAUUGUACCACAUGUAUUAAGAAGUGAACUUGAGAUUGGCACAGAUGCAAAAAAUAUGCCUGAAACACCCACAUCAAGGGAAGCAGUGAGAACAGAGGCAAAGGGUAAUCAAGAUGUGACUAUUUCCAUCGCUAAAGGCAUGAAACUAAUUGGAAAACUGAAAGAUCAACAUGGUUUGAGUUCAUUUGCAAGUAAAGAUACCAUUAGUCCAGGGAAGAGCCUGAUAAAGUCAUCCAGAGACAAUCAAGAUGACAGUUUAUUGGAAACCAAACCUCAAGAAAAUACAAGUGACAAGUACCACCCAUCAAAGACAUUUCCAACAAAAGUGAUCAACAUGUUACCCUUCUCUGAAAAAUCCUUGGGAAGCACUUCAGCAAAUGUGGAUGUAGCUCCAAAACCAGUUUAUAGGGCAUCAAGGGGAAGGUCAAGAAUCUCUAAAGCCUUACAGCAGUUAUUAAAGACUUCAGAGCAUCUGAAACCAACCAGUACAAAAAACCAAAAUGCUGAUCUUGAGAAACACCUGUAUAUUUCAGUCAGAUCUGCAAAUAAACAUACACAAAAAGAUAAAAAACAUGGGCAGUCUAACAAUCAAAAGUUAAAGAAACAAGGUGCUUUGUCAUCUACCAAAAAGCAGAAACAUAAAGAACAGCCUAAAACUGAAACAAUAGUUGAAAAUAAUGAUAAGUUUGAUGAUAAUCUGAUGAUGACUACCUCUUCUCCAAAUAUCAAAAUCAUUAAAGAGCUAUCUAAAACUUUGAAUUUAGAUGGUGGAGAUAUUGAACUUUCAGACUUUGUGUUCAAGACAGCAUCUGCUGCAAAGAAACUUGAGAAUAAAGGGCCAUCUAAAACCAAAAACUUAAACAAGGAAAGUUCUCGAGAUAUUCAUAUCCUGCACCUGACAACCUCUGCUAUAAGGACACUUUUGUUAGACGAGGAAGCUAAAAUUAGGAGCUUAGAGAAGAAAUUAAUGAAACAAUCAACAAUUCUGCAGAAAUCAGUCUCUUCUAUGAAGAAGUUUAUGUUUGAAGAGCCAUCUAGAGAGACUAAAAUGAAAAGAAAGAAAAGAGAGAAAAGAAAGAUCGUUGUUAAAAGUCCACACAUUCUGCCCAUCACUACUACACAAAAGCACACUAUUAAAGAGAAAUCUGAAAUUAGUAACUUAGAAAAGCCAAUUGUUAGAGGAACAGAUAUUCUGAAAAAGUCAACCUCUGCUCGGAAGAAACGUGUGCUCAAAGGGAAGUCUAAAUCUGCAACGUUACCCAAGAAAUGUGAUAACUUUCCAUUUGAUCUGGUUCGUUCAUCAUCUGACUCCAGCAAACAAGAGGUUGAAGAGCAACCUAAGCCUGGAAAUGUAGACAAGAAAGUUUCUGAUGAUUCUUACAGUCCGGACAUUUCAACAACUCCCACAAAGAAGCAUACACUAAAAGGGCAGUCUAAAUCUAGAACAAUAUACGAGAAAGGGGUUGACCUUCCAAAUAAUCUGGUCCUUUCAAAAUCUGCCUCCAGUAUACAAGAGUUUGAAGAGCAACCUCAGCCUGGAAAUGUAGACAAGAAAGUUUCUGAUGAUUCUUACAGUCCGGACAUUUCAACAUCUCCCACAAAGAAGCAUACACUAAAAGGUCAGCCUAAGUCUGAAAACUCUGACGAAAAAGGUAUCAAACGUCCAAAUAAUCUGCACAUGUCUGCCUCUGUUGCAAGGAAGCGCCUCCUUAAAGCAUUAAGUACUAUUCCAUGAAAGCUUACUGGACUUCUACACUUGAAAGAAUCCUAGUGGUAAGCAGCAUGAAGAUAUUCAUGGACGCAGUGAGGCAAAUCGCAAUAGGAACCAAUGUGUGGGAAGCCAUAUGAGUGGAUGGUAUUUAUAGAACAGAGUGGUGUGGAAGGUCCCUGAUGAAUAGGGUAGGACCAGAUCAUGAAAGUCCUUCAAAGACAGCAGAACUCCUCAUCACUUUUUGGAACAGCUUGAACCUUAAGAUCGCUCUGUGGUUGCUGAUGUUCCGGCUUGCUUUGACUAGAUAAGAUGCUUCCAGUACCUUCUGGUGUGGUAAAAAGGCAAUUAAACGACAUCUGUGCUA